GUGUGUUUGUGUGUGUUUGUGUCGGGAGGGCGUUUCGAGGGGAGGCAGCCGUGAGCGCCGAGGCCGCGGCGGGGCAGGGAGCCCGCUGACUGACAUGGGGGUGCUUUCCCUUACUUCCCCUUGGAAACCUCACGCUCCCCCUCAGGCACGCUAGACAGUUCCCGGGGCCCAACGGAAGGCCAUGCCCAUGCCCAGUUUCCCCAUUCUGUCCCGGGAUUGAAAACCGAGCCGCCGGGCGCCGUCCCAGCCCUGCGAGAGCGGGGAAUGCCCGGGUUCGCCUGCAGGCCGCGUUCCGCGCCUGCGCCCGCUCUGGCCUGGGUCCCGGAGAGAGAGCCGCCUGGCGGGCUCGCCUCGGGGAAGGCAGCCGUAGCCUGGGCCUCGGGUGAGGGCACGGUAACCGGUGGGAAGGCUGCGUUUUCACGAAGGACUCGGGUGAAGCUGCAGAGCUGCCUUUCAGCCCUGACUCCUUGGCUUCCUGGGUCGGAGGAGAUCUUGUAAUGGAGUGGUUCUUCGUCUCACACUAACAGGAUGCCUGAUUUCCUCAGGAUCGAGGGAUCAAAGAAUGUCCCGGGUUCCACUGGGGAAAGUCCUCUUGAGGAAUGUCAUCCGGCAUACAGAUGCUCACAAUAAGAUUCAGGAGGAGUCCGACAUGUGGAAAAUCAGGGAACUGGAGAAGCAGAUGGAGGGUGCUUACCAGGGGACUAGAGGGGACACAGCGCCCGGUGGCUCAAGUCGGAUGAGAAGUGAUGGUUUUGAUGAAGAAAGUCAGAGAGACUACUGGAGGCCAAAAAAUGAAAUUUCUGGGGCCCUGGAAGAUGAUUUUCUUAAGGCUAAAUCCUGGAACAAGAAGUUAUAUGAUUAUGAAUCUAAUAUACCAGACAGAUGGGGUCACAGUGGUUAUAAAGAAUUGUAUCCUGAAGAGUUUGAAACAGACAGUAGUGAUCAGCAAGACAUUACCAAUGGGAAAAAAACAUCUCCUGGGGUAAAAUCAUCUGCCCACGAAUCCCGAAAACAUAAGAAGUCAAAGAAGUCCCAUAAAAAGAAGCAGAAAAAACGGUCACACAAAAAACAGAAGAAAAACAAAAAGGAAGCUACAGAUGUAACAGCAGAUUCCUCAAGUGAGUGCUCAGAAGAAACCCGAGCUUCUAGUACCAGGAAAAGGAAGCAACCACACAAGAGCAAGAAAAAAUCCAGGAAAAAGUCUCCUAAAAAAUCUUUACCUUUAGGGGGAGAAAGCAAUACUUCCCAGUCAGAUGAUUCAGCAUCUAGCAGUUCUGAGGAAACUGAGGAGAGAGACACUAAGAAAACCAAAAGGAAAAAGAAAGAGAAAAGUGUUCAUGUUCCCGUGGCUAACCCUGAAGUGCAGGAGAGAACGAGCAAGCGCAGGAAUUGGAAAGUGGCUACCGAUGCAAGAUCUGCUGAAAGCUCAGAGGAUGACUAAGCUGGAAGACCACAGUCCUGACCCCCACUGACUGGCUGGC